AUGGCGUUGAGUUUGAAGAAGUUCAUCGGUACAGCAACAAAAGCCCAUCAGUACUUACUACCCAAAACUCCUCGUAACGUUAGUGUUAAAUACAACUCUUCUUCUGUUUUGCCGUCCCUUUGUUUUUUUAGAUCCAAUUCUUCUUCUCCACUAUCGAAGUUCAGAUGCAAUUCUUGUCGGCCAUCAUCGAAGUUUUUCAGAAUUGAGCCGGAACCCAUUUUCUCCUCUGUGAAAUCCUUUGCACCGGCGACGAUAGCUGACGUGGGGAACACGAACUAUGAUGAUGUAAUCAAUUGCGCGAUCGAUGGCCUUGGCAAUUAUGUUACCGUGGAAAUCAAAAGGAACGUUGGUCCUGGAGACGUAUCAAUCGAUUCCGUUGAGAGCGAGGUCGACCCUCUAUGGAAUUACGAUACGCUCAACCCUUACCAGAAUUCGGCUGGAAUAGCAGCAAGAUCCGUCAUGGAAAGAUUGGGAAUCAAAUCCGUCGGUCUUUCCCUCACUAUCGAGAAGGGAUUAUCACCGUUAGGGAAAAUUGGAUCGAGUGCUGCUAAUGCUGCUGCAGCUGCUGUUGCUGUUAAUGAGAUUUUUGGCAGGAAAUUGUCGGUCGUAGAUUUAAUCCGAGAAACCCUCCCUGUAUUGACAUACUAUAAAGAUUGUCACAUCGAAAAUUUAACGGCAGCAUUCAUGGGAGGAUUUGUUAUGAUCAACAAUUACGUGCGUCUUGAAAUAAUUCCUCUUGAAUUUCCGGCUGAGAAGGAUUUGUUUUUCGUUCUAGUAACCCCAGAAAUCGAAACAACUCAGAAAUUGAUCAGAACUGUUAGGAUAACGGAUGAUGAUUUUUCGAUUUGUAAAAGUAUGGCAUCUCAGAUGCAUGGACCUGAAAGGAUUAAUAGGGAUUGGACGAAUUGUAAUCCAUUGAUUCCUGGUCUUAAAUUGGGGAAGAAAGCUGUGGGAAUAUUCGCGUGUAGAGUAUUUUGGGCUAAGCAAGGAGAAGGGGAACUGCAAAUAGAGCUGAUGGAUCCGGAUGAGGAGCAGGAGAGGACGUCAAAAAUUCCUGGUCUUGCAGCGGUGAAGGAGGCGGCAUGGGAGAAAGGAGUAUUGGGUUGUCAGUUGAUUGGAAAUAGGGUUGUUGCAGUCACUGAUGAUGAAGAGGAGGGUAAGGAGAUUGGAAAUCGAAUGGUGGAAACUUUCCUCAACCAUGGAGGUGUGAAGGCUUCUGCAGUUGUUCACAGUCUUGAUCGGGUUGGUGCUAGGGUUAUUUCUUCACAGCCGUAUUGGACCAAAUUUCGCUGUUACUGUAGCAUUGAAGCCGAGGAAAUGGGCUCUUAA